CCCCGCCAGAUCAGCUGAUGCUUCAUAAACCACAACUCCCCCCCCCCCAUUGAAGAAGCGUGGUCGAUGAGACCAUUUGACGCGCACCAGUGCAAAGGGAGGGGAAGGGGCGUCUUUGCAGACAAAGCCGCGAGUGAGCAAAUACCUGUCCACCAUGUCGGAUGAUGCUGAGAAGAAUGAGGCUCCCCCAGAACAAGAGCAGCAAGGGAAGGAGAAGGAGGAGGUGCAGCAGCAGCAGCAGCAGCAGGAGGAGCAGCAGCAGGAACAGGAGCAGAAGCAGGAGCAGGAGCAGGAGCAGGAAAAACCUCAGGAGCUGCCACCAUCUCAGUCGCCCCCUCAGAGCCCCCCCGCACCAGAGGCCCCCGCGUCACCCAUGAUGGUGACAGUGACAAUCGAGGAGGAGACCAUGGGGGGCCCACUGGAGAAUGGGGAUCCCGUGGGGCUGAGGGCUGGCUCAGCUGAGCAGCUGGGGAGCACCCCAGACCCACCCACUAGUCCCCCAGCUCGCUCCAAAUCUGCAUCAUUGAAUGACCUGAAGCCCCAGAAUAGCAUCAAUGGUGGCCCCAGGGCUGCAGCGAGGAGCAGCUUGUCUGGGUCUCAGGUUCACCUAGCGGGAGCUGCAGGAUCCCCCCGGGCCAGCCUGAGCCGGAAGCCUUCUGCAGCAGGGUCAGCAGCUGCUGAGGCUGGGGAGAAACCUAGAGACUACAUAUUCAUUGCUGCCCUUUCCUGCUUCUGCCCAAUCUGGCCCAUCAACAUUGUUGCCUUCGUGUAUUCUGUCAUGUCCCGCAUCAGCUUCCAGCAAGGAGACGUCGAUGGGGCACGGCGCCUGGCCCGGGUCGCAAAACUGCUGAGCAUCGUCGCACUGGUCGGAGGGGUGCUCAUAAUUGUGGCCGCUUUCGGCAUCAACUUUGGAGUGUUCCAGUGAAGGUGGUCCUUGGCUGCCACCUUAUCCCUAGCACCGAAAUUUCCAUCUUUGGAGCUGGGAGCCAGCAUGACAACAGUACAUCCAUCCAUUCCAUGUUCCCAUCCAUCCCUGACCCAUGCAAAACGAGAGCACAAGAUGGAAACAAGAGAGAGAGAGAGAGAGAGAGAGAGAGAGAGAGAGAGAGUGUAACUAAGAGCAGACAGAAGAGGGAUACAAGAGAGUGAAAUUGAGAGAAGACUGACAUUUUGUGACACUCAGACAUGUCCCAUACUUCUCAGGCUCUUAGAUACCCAACAAGACAAAACAGAAAAAGAUGAUAAGAACAAGAAAAAGUGGAUAUUUCCAUUUUUUCUUUUUCUGCAUCUUCUCUCUCUCUCUCUCUCUCUCUUUCUCCUUCCAUCCAUUCAGUCAUCUGUUCAACCAUCUUCCAUCCACUGCCAAAUUUCGACAGCAAAUAAAACUCUUUCAAUAUUCCAUGUUUACAAGAAGCUGCCGGAGAAGAGCUCUUUUCCUCAUCCCCUGAGCAGGAGGUGGGGAUCAUGUUUACAUGUUUGCUGGAAACAAUGAACAGAACCAGCACAGGAAAAGAGGAAACACUUCUUGGAUCACCUGCUCCCGUCCGUUGUGUUUACAAAGACAAACAAGGAUGAGGGGGCGGGGGACCAGUGCCCUUGAUUGGUUUAAAAGCUGAUUUUGGUGGCUGGGAGAUGUAGCAAGUUGCUACGCCUCAGGAGAUGUGCUAACAAAGAUGGACCAGCAUAAAUUUGGCUGCAUACAUACUAAGGUGUGUGCGGCCAGAUCCAUCACCCAGCCAGUCAAUGGAAAAGAGAAUGACAAAGGAAUUUGUUAUUGGCUGGAAGGAAGGAAUAGAACCAGCGUCAAGGAACUACAGCUUGGAGCAAAAGAAAUGUAACAAAGGGACUAGUGGAAACUGGAGCGUGACAGUGAGAAUGUGAAAGAGGCAACGGAAGAGAAAGAAUAACUCAAGAGCUCUGUGGAGAAGGGAAGAUACUGACAGAAUGGUAGAGAGUUUUAUCAGAACGGUUAAGGUAAUCUCGAGAUGAAAGAAGGGGAGGGGGAAAAUACAGGCCACGGAAUCAAAAGAGCCACUAGAGGAAAUGAAAUGCUGGUCCUAUGAAUGCACAGGAGAACUGAUGCUGCUACACUUUAUACAAGAAGAAAGGCAUGAAUGAAGCUGACAUUUUUAUUUUAUUCGAUUUAUAUACCACCCUUCCUAAAGUGGCUCAAGUGCUAGACACAAUAGAGAAUAAGAGUGUUAGUAGGCAUCCCAUUCAGAAUCAGAAAGCAUAAAAAGGGACAUGGUCUAAAACUGUCCCCCCACCCCAUUGGACUAUUUUAGUGAUGAAGUGAGUCACAAGCUUUUAGUUUGCACAGAAUUAUUCUUUAAGCAGAGAAAAAGGAAGCUGAACUGGAUAUAGAUACAAGCAGGAAACACCUACAAGUUCACAUAUGGCUACUGAUAUUGCUGAACCUCAGAUGAAUGCUGUUCAGAGAAACUGAAAGCUCAGGCAGGGGUGGGAGGCGGCUGGGAUGCUGGAACAGAAAACAUUCAGGGCAGCUACAGGGCGAACUUGGGAUAGCGGAGGUUGUUAAGAUGGGUAUCUGUUUAUAUCUGUUUAGCUUUUCAUUGUGUUCAGCCAGUAGGGUUCUGAACUGGGAACCCGUUCACCAGUUUUAAGCACAUGUCCAUCUUUGGAAGGCAGAAAAGGGGCCAGGCUGGAAAGGUGUGUAUUACCAAAUAGACUCGAAAUGUGAAGGACAGAAUAUAGGCAGAGGAACAACUGUAUGGAAGCUUACUAAUCAGAAUAUCAGCAAGACAGCAAGGAAAGGGUGUGCAAAAGGACAUACAAAACUAGAAAUAAAGCCUCAAAGAUGUGGUGGGUGGGAGAGAGAGAGAGAGACAGACAGACAGACAGACGAGACUUUUAUCCAUUUGGUCUGGUCAAGGAGCUAAAGAGAGAUGUGCGCAUACAGUCUUUCUGUACAAAAGAAAGGUCUGACCCAGGAACAGCUAUGUUAAAUAUACCACUACAUGGAACAAUGGAAUGGGAAAGUGCUGGACAGAGGAAGGAGUGUGCCUUACACGCACAGAGUUAAAGAACGCAACCCCCACCACACACACACACACACACACACACACACACACUUACUUUUUUAGCAGCCAAAAUCUGAAAAGGAACAUUUGGUACCAGCUGGAACAAAUGAGUGAAGAAUCCACCAAAUGAGAAGUUUAAUGGCUACCAAGUGCUCUUCAGAAUGACAGAUGGAAGGGUGCAUUGGUUAAUUAAAGCCACGGAAGAAUGGGCAUUGUCUAAAAUGAAAUGGAUAAGGCAAACUUGGGAUAAGCACAUACAAGAGGAAAACAGCUUCUGGAGGAAAGAAAGGGAGGGAAGCAGCAAAAGGAAGAGAACUUUUCUAAGUGGAGCAAUGAAAUGGGGAAGAUCACUGGAAAAGAAGUAUAUACCGAUGGCAGGAAUAAGUUGAAAGAGAAGUUAUGGGUGGAAAAAUACUUGAGAGAGCAUACACUCCAUACCAAACAACAAAAAUAUUAAAAAGGGCCUGAUGGACAACCGUGUAUGCUACUGGACAAAAAAAUUGGGGUGAGGGGGGUGGGAAGGGCACCAGCAAAGAAUUGUGUAUGUCAAACACGAAUUUACACCCGGCACAAUGUGACUUUUUUUUUUCCCCCUCAGACUGUUACACAAUAGGGGGGAGGGGGGGAACAGGGUGGGAAUACGGGGGUUGAGUGGAUGUCCUCCCCCUUUAAAAUCUAUGCUUGGGGGAGGCGCAGGGCUUUAUUUAGGGUGAGGGAGGACAUAUUUAAACUUCCUCCCCUUUUAAUCCCAUCUGCACGAAUUAUUAACCUUCCUUCACCCAUCCCUCAAAGAAAAAUUGUCCUUCCUUUGAUGGGUGCAUGGCGUAGAAGGGAGGGCAGUUUUUCCCCCAUCCUGGGGACAGUUAAUCUCCAGGUGGAAGGGGAUGCUGGGGGUGGGGCUGUUGUAUUUUGAUGUCGAAAUGCAAGUAUUCUAUCUGCAUGUUUUUAUAUGCUUAUAUUUGGGGUGGGGAGGGAAGGUUUGGGGGCAUAAAGGAGAAAAGCUCUCGAAAGGGCAGGGAUCAGAAACCUGAGAGGGAAGAGAGUUUGGGGUAGUAUAUGGUGCAAGAUUCAACAUGGAGGGGCCUGGUUUGGAGGAUUCCAGUGAGUAGGAAAUUGGAGAAAGAAAAGUCUGAAGGGGUCAGCUGGGAACUGGGGCCACCCAAACAGAAAAUGGGGGGAGGGGUCAAUCUGGUUGGAAAUUGACAGGUAAAGGAAUACUGACAGAAUUAGGGGACAGAAAGUGGGAUGAUUUCAGAGGGAUUCAGGGAUACCUCAAAUCUCACACCCAGACCAGGGGUUCAGUGAUAAAGAAUAGUCUUAGGGUUCAAAGUAGUCAACACUGAGGGAAGAAUUAGGACUUCACAUUGGGCUCAGCCACUGUGGCUACUAGUCCAAAUCCAACCCACUAUAAGGUAUCCUCCAGCCCUCUUGUGGCCAAUCCAGAGGAAAAAGGAUUUAUGGAGAGGGCGUGGCACCUGUGGCUAUGGGGUUUACCAACUUGGAAGAAGGGCCUGGCCCAACCUUCCUGCACUCCCUACUCAAAGCAAUCCUCUAAGAGACCUAAUGGCUGAGUUAAUAUCAAAUUAGUCUUCAGAAUAUAAUUUAGAAGGAAGAGAGAUGGGUGGUUUUGUUAUUAUUGUUGUCUCAAAGCUACCUUAUCCCUGAAUUUCCGCCCUUUCUCCUUUCUAUAAAGUAAUCUGUUGCUUUCUGUUUUACCUUCAGAAACUGGCUGUAAACCACCACCAGGCCUGGGGGACUAGAGAGGCUGAGACACUAAGGGGGUUGAUGUAAAAUAUGAAAAGAGGGCUAAGGCAUAAUCGGAUUGGAGUACAGCAGGAGAGACGGGGGGGGGAUUUUAUAUUUACACAUAUCAUCUAUUGAAUGAAAACCACAUAACCUAUAUCUUUGACAAAUGCUUGAUAGAUGUUUUCAUAUUUGGGAUUAGGGGCAAAGUUUUGGAUGCUGAAAAGUAAACAUUUGUUUUACAUUUUACAUUUGUUUUACAUUUUACAUUUGUUUUUAAAAUACACCAUUUUAAGGGGUGGGCUGAGGUUUUAGCAGGGGAAAGAACAGGAUGUUUAUUUUUUAUUUCCUUCCCCCUAAGAGAUGUUGAUUAUUCCAUUUCGGAUGAUGUAGUUUAGUUUCUUAGUGCUUUGUGGGACGCCGAGCACAGCUUAGGAUGCAACGGUGUUGCAGAAUGAAUGGGAAGCACCCAUGCCUUGUGCUUCCUGUCUGCCACAACACUUCCUCCCUGGAAGGAAGUAGGAUGUUAAACAUCUUUUCCUCUCUCGGAGAUGCAGAAGCAGGACUUUUGUUGCUAGGAGAACCAAUUUUAAAUCAUGCCAUCAUUUCGACAUCAAAGCACAGUUCAUUGUUAUCUAUAUGGUGCUCAUAAAAUCAGCCAAUGCUUUUGAUAUAGUUGCUGUCCUUAUUUCUUACAGUUUACUUUCUUGCUCUUUGUUCAGGUUCACAUUGUUUCUUCCUGCUAAUUAAAAUGAAUUUAUUUAAAACAGGAAAGGGCAGGGGUCUUUCUGAGCCUGGGACAAAUCAAACCCUUCUGUGCUAGAAUUCUGUUUCUGGAGGGUAGGGUUUGUGAUACAUUACAAAUCCUAAUACCAGUUUGUAUAAAGAAGUGGUGGGUGGGGUGAAGGGAUAAGGGAUAUGGUCAAAUUAUAAACUGCUGCAGACUUUUGUAUGAAUGCAUGAAUUGAGUGAAUAAACUCAGAUGCAUGAA